AUUUCUUGCCGUUUUCUUCCACAUUCUUCUCUGCUGCUGGUGUCUCUUGUGGGCCGCGUGGAAAGCCACUCUCUCCUCCUCUUUGACCUCGCUAUCUAUCCAUCUACUGCAGUUUGCUCACUGGAAAUGUUUUUCGCGUAUAAAUAGCUGGGAGGAGAGGCAAGGGGACCGGAAAGAGUGCGAGAAAGAAAGAAAGGCGAGUUCUUUUUGGCAAGGGAGGGAGGGGGGGCACUCGUUGAGGGUGGGUUUCAGAGGUGUGGGAGGUCGCCUCCAUGGCGGAGGACAAGGGAGGCCUCGAUGCCGUCCUCAAGGAGUCGGUCGACUUGGAGAACAUCCCGAUCGAAGAAGUAUUCCAGAAUUUGAAAUGCUGCCGACAGGGGCUCACUUCCGAAGAGGCGCAGCUGCGCCUGCAACUUUUUGGUCCGAACAAGCUCGAGGAGAAGGAGGAGAGCAAAUUCCUCAAGUUCUUGGGGUUCAUGUGGAAUCCGCUGUCAUGGGUCAUGGAGGCUGCAGCUAUCAUGGCCAUUGCAUUAGCCAAUGGUGGGGGGAAGCCACCAGAUUGGCAGGACUUUGUUGGUAUCAUCACACUGCUACUUAUCAACUCAACUAUCAGUUUCAUUGAGGAAAACAAUGCUGGCAAUGCUGCUGCUGCGCUCAUGGCGCGUCUUGCGCCAAAAGCCAAGGUGCUCCGAAAUGGUAGUUGGACUGAGGAAGAGGCAGCCAUCCUUGUGCCUGGGGACAUCAUCAGUAUUAAGCUGGGAGAUAUCAUUCCCGCAGAUGCUCGCCUCCUGGAAGGAGAUCCUUUGAAGAUUGAUCAGUCUGCGCUGACUGGAGAGUCAUUGCCAGCCACCAAAGGUCCUGGUGACGGUGUUUACUCUGGUUCAACGGUUAAGCAGGGUGAGAUUGAGGCUGUUGUGAUUGCAACUGGUGUGCACACUUUCUUUGGAAAGGCUGCACAUCUUGUUGAUUCCACCAAUCAAGUUGGCCAUUUCCAAAAGGUUUUAACAGCUAUCGGGAAUUUUUGCAUUUGCUCAAUUGCUGUGGGGAUGUUUGUUGAGAUCAUUGUCAUGUACCCUAUCCAGCACAGGCCAUACCGCCCUGGGAUUGACAACCUAUUGGUGCUUCUCAUUGGAGGCAUUCCUAUAGCAAUGCCCACAGUCUUAUCUGUAACCAUGGCAAUAGGGUCUCAUCGCUUGUCUCAGCAGGGAGCUAUAACAAAGAGAAUGACUGCAAUUGAAGAGAUGGCUGGCAUGGAUGUUCUUUGCAGUGAUAAAACAGGAACUCUGACUUUAAAUAAGCUCACAGUGGACAAGAAUCUCAUUGAGAUUUUUGAAAGAGGAGUCACUCAGGACCAAGUAAUUCUGAUGGCUGCUAGAGCAUCCCGAACAGAAAAUCAAGAUGCUAUUGAUACUGCAAUAGUCGGGAUGCUCGCUGAUCCAAAAGAGGCACGUGCUGGUAUUCAAGAGGUUCACUUCCUGCCAUUCAAUCCGACUGACAAGAGAACUGCAUUGACAUACAUUGAUAGUGAUGGAAAGAUGUACCGUGUUAGUAAAGGCGCACCAGAGCAGAUUCUCAACCUGGCACACAACAAGACACAGAUAGAACGACGAGUCCAUGCUGUAAUUGAUAAGUUUGCAGAACGUGGACUUCGAUCACUUGCUGUAGCAUAUCAGGAAGUUCCAGAUGGAAGGAAAGAGAGUCCUGGUGGGCCAUGGCGCUUUGUUGCUCUCCUUCCACUCUUUGAUCCUCCAAGGCAUGAUAGUGCAGAAACAAUUCGAAGGGCACUUAACCUUGGUGUAAAUGUUAAGAUGAUCACAGGUGACCAACUAGCGAUUGGGAAAGAAACAGGGCGUCGUCUAGGAAUGGGUACAAACAUGUACCCUUCAUCUGCUUUGUUGGGACAGAACAAGGAUGAGUCUGUUGCUGCUUUACCAGUUGACGAUCUAAUCGAGAAAGCUGAUGGUUUUGCUGGUGUAUUCCCAGGUUUGUAUGCAAUCAAUUGCAGAAUAAAAACCAAAUGGUUGAAAGUCACAAAGAAAAAUAUAACUGUGAAGUUCUCUCUUUUCUCAGAGCACAAGUAUGAGAUUGUAAAACGUCUGCAAGCACGGAAGCACAUCUGUGGAAUGACUGGUGAUGGUGUAAACGAUGCUCCAGCCCUAAAGAAAGCUGAUAUUGGUAUAGCAGUUGCUGAUGCGACUGAUGCAGCAAGGAGUGCAUCUGAUAUUGUACUCACAGAACCUGGCUUGAGUGUGAUCAUUAGUGCUGUUCUUACCAGUCGGGCGAUUUUCCAGCGAAUGAAGAACUACACUAUAUAUGCUGUCUCGAUUACAAUACGUAUUGUGUUUGGGUUUAUGCUGCUUGCCCUUAUAUGGGAGUUUGAUUUCCCGCCAUUUAUGGUUCUGAUCAUUGCAAUUCUGAAUGAUGGUACCAUAAUGACUAUAUCUAAGGAUCUAGUAAAGCCUUCUCCACUACCUGACAGCUGGAAGUUGGCUGAAAUUUUCACAACUGGAGUUGUGCUGGGUGGAUACUUGGCAAUGAUGACUGUUAUAUUCUUCUGGGCUGCAUACAAGACCAACUUUUUCCCUAGGAUCUUUCACGUCGAAAGCCUUGAGAAGACAGCUCAAGAUGACUACCAAAAGCUUGCAUCUGCUGUAUAUCUUCAAGUUAGCACCAUCAGCCAAGCUCUUAUCUUUGUCACAAGGUCUCGCAGCUGGUCAUUUAUCGAACGCCCUGGCUUUCUACUUGUCUUUGCUUUCUUCGUUGCACAGCUGAUAGCUACAUUGAUAGCUGUUUAUGCUAACUGGGCAUUCACUUCAAUCAAAGGCAUUGGAUGGGGCUGGGCCGGUAUCGUGUGGCUCUACAAUCUCGUUUUCUACUUCCCGCUCGAUAUCAUCAAGUUCCUCAUCCGAUAUGCUCUGAGUGGGAAAGCAUGGGAUCUUGUCAUUGAGCAGAGAAUUGCGUUUACAAGGAAGAAGGAUUUUGGCAAGGAAGAGAGGGAACUCAAGUGGGCACAUGCACAUAGGACACUCCAUGGCCUGCAGCCACCGGAUGCGAAGCCCUUCCCAGAGAAGACCGGCUACAGUGAGCUGAAUCAGAUGGCGGAAGAGGCGAAACGGAGGGCCGAGAUUGCAAGGCUCAGGGAGCUUCAUACGCUGAAGGGGCAUGUGGAGUCAGUUGUGAAGCUGAAGGGCCUGGACAUUGAUACCAUUCACCAGUCCUACACAGUGUGAUAGACUCUUAUCUAACAAGAGUAAUAUGGUUGCUGCAGAGGAACUGUUUCGUUUCAUCUAAUUAGUAGUUUUUAUCUCCUCUCAGCUAACAUAAAUGUAAUCAACCAACAGUUCAUACAAUCUAUAAAUCAAAUCAUCAAAGGGGAUUGUUGAGAUUAUCCGUU